AUGUGGAAACCCAGCCGUCCCCCCAUGAGGCGCCAGCCCAGUCCUACCCCACCACCCCCCGGCCCCGAUAGUGUCGAGAACAAGCAUCCCCUGGCAGGUCCCGCUGGCUCAAGUUGGCUUGACAGCCGCAACGACAACAAUCAGCUCGACACCUCGCCUAAGGCCCCGCCCCUUGCGGAUACCCGCCGCUUCUCUGCACAAGGGUAUACCUCGGACGACCGCCUCGACCUAUACCUCGAGCAGAUGUGGGAGGCAUAUGAGGAGGAAAUGCUAUCCGAGGAAGAGGCAAAGUAUGAAGCACAGAGGCAGAUGGAGGAAGAAUUGGAAUUUGGAUUUGACGAGGAAGAGGAUCCUGAUCACUCCAUGAGGUCUGAUCUGGACGCGGACUCUGACAACCUCUCGGACCGGCUCGAUGACGAUACCAGCGACGAUUCUUCGAGCAACGAUUCCCCUUCAAAUCUACCUCCGAUUGGCUUACAGCAGAAGCAAGAGGUUAUCCAAGCCCUCAGCGGCCUCAAGUCCGGAUACGGGUCGUUCAGGUCGUCGUUUACCCCCUCCGAUCUCACCCGCGCCGUCGAAAGUCAAUCAUGGGAAUACGUUGAUCACGUCUCUGGUGGAGCACGUAUCGGAGCCUUACUGGACCGUCUCAAGCAGAGCAUCAUCCUCGAGGACUCGGACACAGAGAUCGAGCGGCUACAUGACCCAUGA